AAAGAGAGAGGAAGAGAAAAAAGGGGAAAAUGUGCGGAGCGGCACAAGAGGAAAGAAGGGAAGGGAAGAGAAGAGAAGAGAAGAAGUGAGAAGAGAAGAAGAGGAAAGAAGAGAAGAGAAGAGAUGUAACGCAACACAUGUGUCAGUUGUGCAGCUGUGAAACUGGGCUUUAAAAGCAGAAAAGAAAAGUCAUCAGCAUUAUUAUUUCACCUGGUGAAAUUAUUAUUAUUACUAUUAUUAUUAUUUUUUUUAAUCCUGAAAUUCCUCCACUUCUUUCCACUUCCAAAAAGAAGAAGAAGAAGAAGAAGAAGAAGAGGACAUGAUGUCCUGCUUUGCACAGAUCCAGAUCCAGCCGGCGAGAUGAGGAUGAGGAUGAUGGAGAUGUUGAUGAUGAUGAUCAUAUUGAUGAUGAUGAUGGUGGUGGUGGUGGUUUUUUCCCCAAGAAGAAGAAGAAGAGGAAAGGAAUGGGUGUUCACUGUGCUGGAGCUUUUUCUUUGCUUCUUUCUGUCCGUCUCUGCCAAGGACACGGCCUUCGUGGAGGUGGUGCUGUUCGAGUCGAGCCCGAGCGGGGAUUACACCACCUACACCACCGGGCUUCAGGGCCGCUUCUCCCGGGCCGGAGCCACCAUCAGCGCCGAGGGAGAGAUCGUGCAAAUGCAUCCUCUGGGUCUGUGUAAUAAUAACGAUGAGGAGGAUCUGUAUGAGUAUGGCUGGGUGGGCGUGGUCAAGCUGGAGCAGCCUGAGCUCGACCCCAGCUGCCUCACCGUCCUCGGCAAGGCAAAGAGGGCGGUGCAGAGAGGAGCUACGGCCGUGAUCUUCGACGUGUCCGAAAAUCCAGACGCCAUCGAUCAACUAAACCAGCUCUCUGAGGACCCCCUGAAGAGGCCAGUGGUCUACGUUAAAGGAGCUGAUGCUGUUAAACUGAUGAACAUAGUAAAUAAACAGAAAGUGGCACGAGCCAGAAUCCAGCAUCGGCCUCCGAGGCCCACUGAGUAUUUCGACAUGGGGAUUUUCCUAGCGUUCUUCGUCGUGGUGUCUCUGGUGUGCCUCAUUCUCCUCAUCAAAAUCAAACUGAAGCAGAGACGCAGCCAGAGUUCUAUGAACAGGAUGGCCAUUCAGGCUCUGGAGAAAAUGGAGACCCGAAAGUUUAAGGCAAAGGUUAAAGGUCAGCGUGAGAGCAGCUGCAGUGCGUUGGAUUCUCUGAGCAGCAGCUCGACGUCGGACUGCGCCAUCUGCCUCGAGAAAUACAUCGAUGGAGAGGAACUGAGGGUGAUCCCUUGUGCGCAUCGUUUCCACAAGAAGUGUGUGGAUCCCUGGCUUCUGCAGCACCACACUUGUCCACACUGCAGACAUAACAUCAUCGAGCAAAAGAAAGGAAACCCUGGCCCUGUAUGCAUGGACCCGAGGAACCCGGGUCUCCAUAGUCAACAGCCAAGGGUGGUGCUCCCUGUUCACUACCCAGGAAGAGUGCAUCGAGCUGGGCAAGUGACCGCCUUUCCAACUCGUACUAGCAUGGACCCUCACGGGAACCCAAUUACUGUAUUAACAGUGGACCAACAUCCGGAUCAGAACCUUUACCCUCCGCAGUCUAAUUUCAUUCGUGGUUACCACAGUAUGAACCCUCACCACUGCACCCUAGAGCAUCGAGCACUUCCUUACCCUCAACCACAUGCCUUCAAACGCCCCAAAUUUCCUCGCAACUUCUCUCGUGCCGCUUGUUUCUCACAGUAUGAGACCAUGUAUCAGCACUACUACUUCCAAGGGUUGACGUUUCCCCAGCAGGAAGGUCAGCCCGGUGGUGCGACCCACAAGGGCCACACUCGAUCCUUCCAACCUGGACUUCUGUACCCUACUUUGGUGCACAUGGCAGCACCGUCCUCUUCCCGUCUAGGGGACUCUGGAAGCGCUUCUGGGCUCGGAUGUUAUCACGGACAUGGACGGUCCGUGUGUAGUGGAUAUCUUGCGGAUUGUCCUGGCAGCGAUAGCAGCAGCAGUAGCAGCAGUUCAGGACGAUGCCAUUGCUCCUCCAGUGACUCUAUGUUGGAUUGCACGGAAGUGAGCAACCAGGGCGUUUAUGGAAGCUGCUCAACUUUUCGAAGUUCUUUAAGCAGCGACUACGAUCCGUACAUCUAUCGGAGCAAAAGUCCGUGCCGGGGAGCGGCUGGAGAAUCCAGUUCAGGAUUCCCAGCAACUUCGUCCGUUAGUGACGAUAUACUGGCUCCUCUUUCAGGAGGUACAGACUGCAUACCGCCUCCUGUAGGACCUUGCUACAAUUCGGGGGACCAGCUAUCGAAUUGCAGCAUUGAGCCCAACUGUAGCAGCCAUUCGUCACUGGAAACCAGGGAAAUCACUAGCACUACCUCACCCACAGCCCUAGAGGGAACCAUGGAGCAUUGUGGGGAACAAGGGGCAGCGUGUAGCUGCUGUUUUGAGGUUCCUCCGCUGAACGUGGAGCAUAAAGGACAGGAAGGGGCAGACGGGGUCGGACGUUGCCGACGAGGCGCCGAACCUCAAACUGUGUCCGUUGCUUCUGCGCAGAACUUUUAUGCUGCUAGCAAUGAACUGAUGUCGCCUGCUGAGCGUGCUAGCUACGACGGACUGCCUUGCUGCUUCUACACAGAAAUGAAAGUACACCGAGGAACCGUCGGACGUUACGCUGAGGAUUAUUCUGUAAAUGUACACUACGCCCAGACGGACAACGAUGGCUGCUCGGGGCAAGGAUGUCGCGAACUUGCUCAGCGGAUACCCAUAAUCCCCGAGGACACGGACUGCGAAUUGGGUCUCGUUUCCGAGCCUCAAACAAACCUUCUAACAGGACAGAACAGGACUUCUGUAGACACUAAUCAAGGUUUUUUCACCUCAGGACAAUGCAGAGGUCAAACAUAUCAACAACAACAAGACGAGGAAGCAAGAACGCUGUUUUCCUCGCAGUUUAAAAUGAGCAAAUUGACAACCGAGGGCUCCGGGUUGUAAGGGGGAAACAAAUUUAUAUGGUCUCACAAGUACAAAGUUCAUAAGAAUUUGCACGUAUUAUUAAAAGUUGGGAAUGGCUCGUGUUUAAGUUGGGGGUGGAGUUAUCAGUCAUGGCUUUUCUUAUGAAUUUAUUCAUUACGAGAGUUUUGCCUCUGUUAAAAUAAAAAAAAAAAAAUCAUCUCAAACGUUUUGAAGUGUACUUCUGAAAUGGAAAAAAAUUUAUUUGGUUGAAGUGCGGUUUGAUUUAUCGCUGAUGUUCUUCAUUCCUGUGGCCUUCAGAAUCUUAGCCACACCUAUUAAAAGGAUAAAAGACGCGCAUCAUAAGGGGUUUUAAUUCCACAUGACUAUACAUUUUGGGGUGCGUUUAAUACAAAUUUAAUUCUGGUGAAAAACAAAGUGAGGUAUUUCAAAAUUUGUAAUUAUUUUAGUCAGAAAUGCGUGACAUGUCGGCUAGCUAUAUCAUCAUCACGUAGAUAAAUAUGAAUAAAACCAAAACCGAACAUUUCAGAGGAAAAGCUGGGUGUGGGCCGUUUCAGGGGAACUUGAAAACGUCCAUCAUGUUGUCCCAUUUCACCUCGUCCUCUCCUUUGUCUCUCAGGGUCACUGAUCACUCAUUAGUACAGAAACAGACCAAGAUUAACACUUUUUUGAUGUUGUGGUUUUAUUAAUAUAAGCAGGAGACUACUGAGCUGUCUGUACUAUACACCAAAGUUUAGCUAGUCUCCGACGUGCAGUUAAACAGCUACAGAAUAAGAAAUUAUAAUGAACAGAUUAUUCAAGAAUUAGUGGAUUUUUUUUUUUUUUGGCGAAUUUGUUUCAGCUCUUUGUUUUCCUUUUAGGAAAUAUUUCGAAUGUUUGGUGCACUUGCGUUUUGUUUAAAAUUCUGUUUUAAAGAACACGUUCACAGUUAGACUGAAAAGGCCAAAGUGUAACAGUUUAAGGAGACACAAAUGCAGUUUUAUUUGUUUUUGUUUUUUAAAGCUGACACACACUUUGAAACUAUAAUUAUAAAAUGACUUCACACACACACCUUCAUGCCUUUCUGUUUUUUUUACAGAAUAUUUUACGCUGUUUCUAUGAAAUGUACCCAUACGGCUUUCACAGGCGGACAUUUUAAAAUAACUUUAUUUAUACGUCAACAAUUACAGUGCUGUAACACACACACACACACACACACAGUCUAAUCUUGCCUUCCAUAGAGUUAUGUACUGCAAAUGAAUAUAGCAUUUUUUGGGGUACUUGAGUCACUAUUUAAUUUUUGUAUUGUUUGUAGCACUUAAGAAGAUUGUAUAAAAGUACAAAAAUUAAUAUUUUGUAAUUUUUUAAAAAAAGAUAUAAUUAUUUUCUCCAUCAUUUCUCAUCCUUCAGAUGCUUCAGCCGUGUAUAUUUCUAUAUCUGUAUAGCAGCACAUUUCAUAAAUGGAAAUAUGUUCUCUGAAUAUUUAUUGACUAAUAUAUUUAUCUGUAAGCCAUGUCUUAUGUUCAGAGUGUCUGAAGAAGUUUCUGGAGUGUUUGCUUUGGAGAUCACUAAUAUGAAAACUUUGUAAAUACAUGGUAAUUGCACACGAGAUGAUUAAAUAUCCUCUGACCAAAAACCGCUUUUAAGAUUUUAGUACUAUACAGUUUUGUAACAAAGUGUACAAAGAUUUGGAAAAAUUAUAUGGUUUUAUUCAA